AAAAGGUGGAAAGACGUAGUUGCUAUGCAGUGUUAGAUAACUGGAGACUCGAACCUUUUGUGGUGGACGUGGCCAGCUGGAUCGAACGCACACCACCAACAACUUCAACAGCAAUGGAUAAUCACACUUUUGAUGGCCAUGAAGGGUUUGUGAUAUGUAAACAGGGUCCGGCGAAUAAUGUGCGGAGGGCAUCCAUACGACCAACUUUAGCAACCAUUCCCUCUGGUAUUGGCAUGGAUAACCUGGCAUUUGAAACUUCUGAAGAUAUAUUAAGGCACCAGGCAGUCGGUGGAAAUUUACGUGUAGGCAAUACGGAGUCUAAACUGCGAGGUAGCCUCCGUCGACUUGGAGCGGGAGCUAGGCGACUGACUCACGAAGCCGUUCCGCGGCUAGCCAAUUACAGCAACAUCUUCCAGAUGGCCGCGACAGGGACACGGCCAACUAUGGAAGAACUUCAUGAGUCUAUUGUCGAGGAAAAGCCAGCUAAUAGUGGAAUAAAUGGAGCAGAACAGAUUCCGCGUCAAAAAUUCGGCUGGAUCGAAGGCGUCCUCAUCCGCAACAUGCUUAACAUUUGGGGUGUCAUGCUCUUUCUCCGCAUUUCAUGGGUCGUGGCUCUCGCCGGCAUCUGGCAAACACUAAUCAUUAUCUCGAUCUCGACAUUCGUCACCUUUGUCACCGCCCUAUCUACGUCGGCUAUUGUAACCAACGGUGAAAUUGGAGGAGGAGGAACAUACUACGUAAUGAGCCGCAUUUUGGGUCCAGAAUGGGGCGGCUCGAUAGGCAUUCUUUUUGCUCUGGCCAAUGCAAUUAAUGGUUCGUUAAAUGUCGUUGGUUUCUGCCAAACAUUGCAAGACACCAUGAAAAAUUACGGUGGCUACACUAUUGUUGACGGAGGGGUCAAUGACACAAGGAUUCUCGGGACAAUCUUGAUGAUCUUAGUCUGGGCUCUGUGUGGCCUAGGAUCAAAAUACGAAAGCUUGACGCAGCAAAUGCUUGUGGUCAUUCUGGCCGUGGCUUUAGCUAAUUUCUUUGUUGGCAGCUUCAUCGGCCCCCAAACGGAUCUGUCUCAAGCUCGAGGAUAUUUGGGUUACAGAUUGGACUUAAUUCGAGAAAAUUGGGAUUCGGGAUACGUCUUUAACGGCGGUAUGAUGCAAGAUUUCUUUUCCGUCUUUGCCGUCUAUUUUCCAGCUGGAAUCGGAAUUCUAGCCGGAGCUAAUAUCUCAGGUGAUUUAAAGGACCCUAGUGACGCUAUCCCAAAAGGAACAAUCUGGGCCAUCAUCAGUACAAGUAUUUCGUACGCCAUUGUGGCCAUCGUAUGCGCUGCAACCACCAAACGACAAGCCACUGGAAGUGUCGAAGAUUUCCACAACGGCACAUUUCUGAAUUGCGGGCCCUCGAAUUGCACGUAUGGCUCCUACAACGACUACCAGCUGAUGACGCUAAUUUCGGCUUACGGACCCCUCAACUACGCAGGUUGUUUCGCUGCCACGCUCAGUACGGCUUUGGCAAGCUACAUUUCUUGUCCAAAGCUGCUACAAGUAAUUGGCGAUGAUAAGCUCUACCCUUACUGGAUGGUUGGCUGGAUGGCGAAAGGUUACGGCAAAUCCAAAGAGCCUCAUUUGGCUUAUCUGUUCACCUUUUUCCUUGCCCUGGGUUUCAUCUUAAUUGCUCAAUUGGACAUGAUCGCUCUUCUAAUCUCCGACCUCUUCUUGAUCACCUUUGCAUUUCUGAAUUACGCGUGUUUCCACGUCGAUCUCGUGCAACCCGUUGGUUGGCGUCCCACUUUCAAGUAUUACAACAAAUGGCUGAGUUUGUUUUGUGCCUGCCUGUGCAUCGCCAUCAUGUUUAUGAUUGAUUGGAAAGUGGCGUUAGUAACGCUUGCCAUCGUCUUUUUCUUCUAUUUCAUUGUGCUUUAUCGCAAGCCGAACGUCAACUGGGGUACAUCGUCGCAGGCGAUGAAUUUGCAAGACGCUUUGACUAGUAUCCAACAGCUGAUGGACAUCGAUGAGCACGUCAAGAACUAUCAGCCACACAUUUUAGCCCUGACUGGUUCACCAAGGUCUCGUCCGGCCCUAGUCGAUUUUGCAUACCUGAUUUGCAAGAAAAAUUCCAUGCUCGUUUGCGGCAAUGUCAUUGAGGGCAAGGUCACCACCAAAAUGCGUGGAGAGAUUUUAAAAAAAUCGUACAAACAUUUGCGCAAAAAUGAAAUCAAAGGAUUCUGUACUCUCAUCGGCAAUGUUGACCUCCCAACUGGCGUAUCUGCCAUGCUAGAAGUGGCAGGUGUCGGCAAAAUCAGACCAAACAUUUUAUUCAUCGGCUAUAAGAACGACUGGCGUGUCUGUGAUAGCCAAUCGUUGAAGAAGUACUUUGCCACUAUACAUGUCGGAUUCAGUUUGCACGUUGGUGUUGCCAUUUUGCGCGUAUCGGAAGGGCUCGAUUAUUCCGCAAUAUUAGGCGACGCGGACGAGUUAAACAUCAGUUCUAACGGAGAUAGACCCUCGAGCAUGAUGGAAAGCCCUCCUGGAACACCGGACAUUGAGAGACACACGGACAUCAACGAUUCGCCGUUGGGUAACGCCAAUCUGCCUGACACAUCAAAGGACACGAAGAAAGGGAAAAAAUCCAAAAAGGACUCGAAACUAGUGGGAAGUGACGGCAAUGAGCUCCCCCGACACAUUUCCAAUAACAUCACUAGAUUUCAAAAGAAGCAUCUGCGAGGUACCAUUGACGUUUGGUGGCUCUACGACGAUGGAGGACUGACUCUAUUGCUGCCGUAUAUCAUCAGUACACGAUCGAAUUGGACGGCAUGCCAGUUACGUGUUUUCUGCACGGCGAACAAUCAUGAAGAAGUAGAGAAAGAACGAGAGGGGAUGGCGGCCUUGUUAGAUAAAUUCCGUAUCGACUACUCCGAUCUGAUAGUCAUCACGGACUUGAGCAAACCACCAAAAGAGUCAACAAAGAACUGGUUUGAUGGUCUCAUCCGCCCCUUCAUCCGGCGAGAAGAGCUCUCUGAAACGGAACGGUCCUCAUUACAGGCCAAAACGGAUCGACACUGUAGACUGAGAGAAUUGGUAGUCGAUCAUUCCUCAGAUUCAAAUCUGGUCGUCAUGACUUUACCAAUUGCGCGAAAGGAGGCCGUUAGUGCACCCAUGUACAUGGCUUGGUUAGAGACGUUGACCGCCAACAUGCCACCAUUCUUGCUCGUUCGUGGAAAUCAAACGUCUGUUCUGACCUUCUACGCUUAAACAAGUUUUACAUCAGACAAUGGCUAAUCUGUCGCAUAGUAUAUGCGACAUAUGCUCCACAUCGUCGUCCUAUACGUAAAUUCGACAGAACCUAUAACACUAAAACGUAAGUGUAAAACCGAAAAAGAGUUUUAAACAUAAAAAAACAAAACUGUGUCUAUUGCCUUCGUAUGAUCCUCGAGUUCAAAUGAGGUUAAUGCCGCAGACCGUUAGAUAAUAAUACAUGAAAUUGCGAAUGUCCGUAGCUCUUAAAUCGUUAAAGAUUUUCGUAAACGCACCUGUUCCACAGGAAAGCAAGGGGUAGCAAAUCCUAAGG